GCCGCGGAGGCGGCCGAGGCGGGCGGCGGGCAGCAGGGCUGGCGGGGCGAGUCGCGGGGCUCGCCGCAGCAGCUGGCGGAGCGGUACGCGGACUUGGCGGCCAGCCACAGCGAGGCGCUGCGGCAGCGGGAGGAGCGCGAGUGGCAUAACGCCCGGCUGCGGCAGGAGAACGCGCGGCUGCGGCUGGAGAAUCGCCGCCUGCGCCGCGAGAACCGCUGCCUCUUCCGACAGGCCCUGCUGGGGCCCGGCCCCGACAAGGCCCCCGCCGACCCGGGCGAGGAGGCGGAGGCCCUGCGCGCCCAGCUGGGGCGGCUGCAGGAGAAGCACCGCCGGGCCUUGCGGCACCUGCGGCGCUGCCGGGCCGCCGGCGGGCCCGAGGCCUCGGGAUCCGAGGAAGGAGAGUUGGACGAACUGCUGCUGGAGGAGGACGAGCAGCCGCUGGAUAAGAAGAGCCUGGUGCCGGCCGUGUAG